AUGUUUCGUCGUUCGGUUCAAUCGUUACUGAGCACUUUUUGUCCGACCAAGUUCCUUUCGCGAGUAGAAAGCAAAUUGCCAUUUGAAACCAACCUGUUCGAGGAGUCCGAUCUGACCGAGGACUUUGUUCGUGGUUGGGGCCCUGGUGGUCAGGCAGUCAACACAACAUCCAACUGUGUGGUGUUGCGGCACAAUCCGACUGGAUUGACAGUGAAGUGUCAGGAUUGCCGCGAUCUGUACAAAAAUCGAAUUAUCGCGCGACGACGACUUCACGAGAAGUUGGAUGAGUAUCUACACGGUCCUGCAAGUGAAGUGGCCCUAAAACGGGACCAGACGGAAGCUCGCGAGCGACAGCGGUUCGUGCGAAACAAGCGACGUUUGGAGGCCAAAUUGGCUUUCAAAGCUCGAGAAGGUCUGGAUAGGCGCUCGAAACCAUCUCAUAGCGAUGAUAGUCAUGAUGUGGACGUAUCCAAAUCGGAAUGA